UCUCCCGCGUGCUAGUUUUGUCUCCCCAAUGCCAUAUGUAAGAUCCUAAACCUCAAUCCCUAAAGAUUAGCGUCCAGCUCAAUCCAUCCACUGCUACUUAGAACCCCUCAAAAGCAGCACCGCUCCUGGCCAGUGAUCAUACACGGUCACACACGCCUACUCCUCACGUUGCCCGGCCAUUUGGCACUGCCAUAGCCAUCAUGGGGUGCACCACCUCGAGGCAAGCUCGGCAUGACCUCCGGUACUGCCCGUCGCCGCUCCCGCUGCCGCGCUGCCAGUCGUUCCCCGCCCGCUUCGACGCCGGCGUCCACCUCGUGCGGCUCACGUCGUCCACGCUCGGGUCCCUCGAGGUCGACAAGGCCGCCGGGCUGCGUGGGCCAGAGGUGGCCGCUGAGGCCGGCGCGCGCGCGCCCAGGAGGCUGGUGCCGCGCACGCCGACCAUGACGCCGCCCAACGAGCCCGAGGACAUCGACGCGUGGGCGCUCAUGGCCGGCCUGGAGGAGCACUCGCCGUUGAUGGCCGCGCCGUUCGGGCGCCACUCCUUCUCGUUCCCGAUCGCCGCCGCGGCACAGCAGGAGUUCGCCGCGUCAUCCAAGGUCACGCCGCUGCCCAUGAGGAUGCCUCCCGUGAACGACGACGAGAUGGCGAGCAAGGCGAAGGCGCCGCCGCGUAAGGCCGUGCUCUACUUCACGUCGCUGCGCGGCGUGCGCGCCACGCACGAGGACUGCUCCCUGGCGCGCGCCAUCCUCAAGGGCUACGGCGUGCGCAUCGACGAGCGGGACGUGUCCAUGCACCGCGGCUUCCGCGACGAGCUCCACGGCCUCCUCGGCCUCAGGGCCGGCGCCCUCGCCAAGUGCUGGGCGCCGGCCGCGCCGACCCUGCCGAGCCUGUUCGUGGACGGGGAGCUCGUAGGCAACGCGGAAGAGCUGAAGCGGCUGCACGAGACAGGAGAGCUGGCCGCGAGGCUCGCCGGAUGCGAGAGCGGGCCCCCCGGCGCGUGCGAAGCAUGCGGGGACGCCCGGUUCGUGCUCUGCGAGGCGUGCUCCGGUAGCUGCAAGGUGUACGUGGACGAAGAGGACGUAGAGGACGGUGAAGGGACGGACGACGGCGGCUCGGGGUUCCGGCGGUGCACAGAGUGCAACGAGAAUGGCAUCGUGAGGUGCUCCGUCUGCUGCUGCUCAUGAGACGUUGCGGAGUUUUGCCGGCGCGCCAUUUUGGAUGUGGUGCUCAGCCCUUGUGAUUUUGUGAAUGCAUGAUGGUGCGUGCGUGUUUUUCGCGUGAUCGACGGUGCGGUGACGCGCUUGUUGUUUCUUCGUGUAUGUCUGCGAUUCAGUGAGUAGAGAUACCAACACUGCAUGCUUGA